CGAACACACCCUUCUACGGUUCGUCGUACCUCACAUCCUGCUGGGAUUGUGAACAGGUCUUUUCCGGUUGGGAGCGUUGGUUGUGGAAGAUGGGUAAGCCUCGUGGACUGCGCACUGCUCGUAAGCACGUGAAUCAUCGUCGAGAACAAAGGUGGGCGGAUAAUGACUACAAGAAGGCUCAUCUUGGUACACGAUGGAAGGCCAACCCCUUUGGUGGAGCAUCACAUGCAAAAGGGAUUGUCUUAGAAAAAGUUGGUGUUGAGGCCAAACAGCCAAACAGUGCUAUUCGUAAGUGUGUAAGAGUUCAGUUGAUUAAAAAUGGAAAGAAAAUAACAGCAUUUGUUCCCCGGGAUGGUUGCCUAAAUUAUAUUGAGGAGAAUGAUGAAGUUCUAGUGGCAGGCUUUGGUCGAAAAGGACAUGCUGUGGGAGACAUUCCUGGUGUGCGUUUCAAGGUGGUGAAAGUUGCUAAUGUUUCACUACUUGCCUUGUACAAGGAAAAGAAAGAACGUCCCAGGUCCUAAACCAUUUGUACUGCUUUAUGUAUAAUAAACACUGAUAAAUAAUUAUUA